UCGAUUUACGAUCCAGACUCUUUGGUUGGGUUUAGAGUCGUAACUUGCACGUGUGUAUUUGUUUGUAAACAAUAUUUUUUUUAAUAUACAAAACUUAGACGAUAGGGAGUUAAGUUUCAAAAUCAUUUGUAAAAAUGUCCAGUGAUUCAGAAUACGAAGAACAUAUGAAAAAAAUGUUGGAAGCUUCAGACACGACUUUUUUGAACAAUGAAAUGUUUAAGGACAAAAGCAAAAUAAAUGCCAAGGAAAUCGAUAAGCAUACCAGCGUUAAAAACCCAGACCUUUUAAAAUCACAACGUUAUCUUUUGGACGACGAUGAUGAUAACGGACAAGAUUUUAACCUCCCUGAAACAAUGCAAAAACAUAUGGCUAAAAAGUUGUCAGAAAUUUUAGAAAAUACCUACGAGUUUGGUGAUUUUGCUAGUGAGUCGGAAUGUACAAAAACUAAGAGUAAAAGCCGUGUCAAGUUAUUAAAAGGCGAUGUGAAUUACGUAAAGUCUUAUGAAGAAUUCGAAUACGAAACGAAAGGUCCCGACAAAAAGCCUGAAAUCAAGAGACGAUGUGUUGAUAAAACCGAAUCGUCUGUUCUAAAUGAUAAUCAUCAACUAAAGAAAAUUGCCAUUGAUGGCAAUGAUAUAUUAGCUGGGAAUGAAGUCAAGUUUUGGGCUGUUAAAAAAGAAAGAAAAGACAGAAUAUUUCACUAUAGGGAAGGAGCAAAUGGAGUAGCCCAUGCUAAAGAAACUAUAAACGAGUUUACAGCUCUAAGGCGUAAAAACAAUUGGAACGAAAGCAAAAUAAAAGAUUAUAGAAGAACAUAAAAAAUAA